CCAUAAUGCUACGAAGACCGGAAGUUCCGGCUUAAUCAUUUCCCGAACAAGAAGUUGCCAGUUCAAAACAAACGUUAGCUUGUAGUGAGAGUAUUCAGCACUAUAAAUCACUCUUUCUCGCAUGUAAAUCAAAGACGUUUCGUAUGUAUUAAUACCAUUCAUGCUGGUCAACCUGCCUUUUUGGUACGAAGAAGUUUAUUCUACACCUAAGAUCACUGCGGGGAUUUUAAGACAAAGCUGGUUACACGUUUACCAAGCAUCCAGUGUUUCCAUGGAGACUCCAGAACCAGGCCCGGCCGAUGGAGAGGAGCGUCCCGUAGAGUUGCGACCCCGGACACGCUCCAACCCCGAAGGCGCAGAGGACCGUCGCAGCAGCACGGGCAGCUUGGGAGGCAACGGAAACCAGAGCAUAUCUCAGCCCGCGGUGGGGAACCGCGUGGAAGGCGAAGGGGAAGCCUCGACCAGCGACAGCCCCCCGAGCUCCGUCACCACAACAGUGUCCGCGGCCACAUCUCAGGCUGUGGUUCCACCCGCGGCUGUUUCUGCUGGUUCUGGGGCUGUGGCCAGCACCACGGCACAGCUGUCCACUGUUGCUGUGACAGUCAAAGAGAGGCCGAAGCCCCCACAGCAGCAGCCCAUGGUCUGUACGUCCAUUCCUCCACCUGCAGAGUACCAGCUCAGAGUUCCCAGAGUCAACUGCCCAGAAAAAGUGAUAAUCUGCUUAGAUCUUUCUGAAGAAAUGUCCUUACCAAAGCUGGAGUCUUUCAACGGAUCUAAAACGAACGCCUUGAACAUAUCCCAGAAGAUGAUUGAGAUGUUUGUGAGAACGAAACACAAGAUCGAUAAACGGCACGAAUUUGCCCUGGUUGUCAUCAACGACGAUGCUCUGUGGCUGUCUGGCUUCACAUCUGAUCCCAGGGAGCUGUGCAGCUGUCUGUAUGACCUGGAGACCAACGUGUGCGAGUCCUUCAACCUGGAAGAUCUCCUUAACGUCAUUCGUCAGAAGAUUGAGCUGCCGCUGAUGGAGAACGUUCAGACCAUCCCUCCUCCAUACGUGGUGCGGACGGUGCUCAUCUACAGCCGUCAUGCCGGGCCAAUGCAGUUCAACCCUUCAGAGGCUGUUACCAAAAUGCUUCAGUCUCCCUAUUUCUUCUUUGAUGUGGUCUAUUUACACAACGGGAUGGAAGAACAAGGCGAUGAGACCAGCUGGAGGGACAACUACACUUCCUUCUGCAGCCUGGACUCCAAAGGCAUGUGCUAUCGCUUUGAGGUCUCCCUGAGUGGACCCGCCAUCGAGCUGCACAACUGCAUGGCCAAGCUGCUGGCCCAUCCUCUUCAGAGGCCUUUCCAGAGCCACGCCUCCUACAGCCUGCUGGAGGGGGACGACGCCCCCGACGCAGAGGCUACAGUGUGAAACGGACAGAUGAAAAUAGGCCGCGCUUCAAUGUGAAAUCCACACAUGCUGCAAAUUUGCAGAAAAGUUUUUAUUUUUAUUGCUUUUGUUGUUUUUUUUUUCUUUUUAUCUAAAUGCACAUUGUUACUGUUAUUUUCUUUUUCUUCUGUUUUAAACAAAGGUUGUGAGAAUAUGUGGGAAAUGAGGGUUUCAAUAAGUCGCCGAUUGUAAUAAAUGUAUUCUGUUAUUUGAUGCCAAAUCACUUGAACUGUCCUGAUAAUGUGGGAGUAGGUGGUGAGAAUUCAAAUAAAUAAAAAAUAACCUAUUUAAUGACAGAAGACAGAAGAAUCACUUCCACAUUUUCCAUUUUGAUUUUAAAAUCACACAGCGGGCGAAAUGACAGUUUGAUCCUCUGCUGAUUUUGAUCAUUUGCUAACUAAACGGUUUAUAUUUGUUUUUUUAUUGCAGGGAGUUUUAAUGUUGAGAGACAGAUUAUCAACCAAAUAUCCAUAAAAAGUACAUCACAUAAAAAAAUAGGGACUAAUUUUCAUUUCAUUAAAUGAACAUAUUUGAUCCCCCAGCUAAACUUGACUUAGAAGUGAUUAGGAAAAAGGUUUGAUUUCAGAAUAAGAUGAAGAUGUUUCUUUUAGUUUGUCACUGGGUUUGGAUCAUUUUUGGAUCACAUCAUCAGGACUUUCUGAACGAAGUCUGCAGCUUAACGUUACCUUAAUGUUACUCUUCUUUAGCUGCUUCUUCGUUUCCUCGCUGGUAUAAUUUGAAUUAUUAUAUGAUCUACAGGGUUCUGGUUGAGGGAAACUGGUUCUGGUACUAGUUCUUUCAGUGCUUGUCUUGCCCAUUGGCACAUCAGUGUGGGGAAAUCAUUCUGUAAUAUUGACACAAAGCAACAUUCUCCCAUACUGUGGGGAUGAUGACCUCUCUGGCAGGUUAUGUUGCUGCAUUUUGACCUUAUCUGACAAUGUACUUUCUCUCUAGCCGUACUGAUUUACUUAGAUAUUCACUGGUAAAUUUUAAGAUGGAUCUCUCUAUUCGAGUCAUACUCUGGGUUUGGUCAUGGCUCCAUUUCCUCCGUCGUCGUGUCGUGACAUGGAGCCAAUAAGCCUGUGGGUCUGCUGAGGUCUUGUUGGACUUGUGUGUCUUCACUUCCUCAUGAUAAUGCCUCACAGAGGCCAGCUUGGUGCCCAAUCAAGCACAGGGAUGCCAUGGGAAAAAAGCAGGCAUCAUUUCAGGGGUCUGGGGAGGUGCCAAAUAAUGAGGGUAAUGAAAUCUGCUUCUCCACAAAGCUUUAGACCUUGGCGUUCAAACAAAUAGCAAAUAGACUUUGGAUCAUUUAGCAACGUUUCACUUCUAUUUCUCCUCCGCCCAGGUAAGGUGGUUCUGACAUUGUGGAUCAGCAGUAGUUCUUACAGUUGUGUCCUGGUCUGGGUAUGUCCAUCACUCUGAUGGCUCUUGAAGCAUCUCAUCUCUUGACUGGGCUUUGCUUUACAAUCCGCUUAAAACUGGAGGUAUUAUUUUUUUUUUACUGCACUUCACACAACUUUCUAUUAAUAUGCUUGAAUUAUAGAGCUCAUCAUCUUUCUCAUGAUCAUCCUCACCUCAUCACGCCAAGCAAGAUCCUCCUCAGAACUCCAGACUGAGAGUGGGUUGAUGGUGAUUCUGUAUAGUUUUUCCAUUUCAAAACAAAUAAAAUGGGUUUUCUCCAUCUCACCGACCUUUUAGUAAUCUAUUCCAGGUCCCUGAAGUCCUUUGACACCUCUUUAGUGUUGUAGCACAUGGUGAUGGAGAGGUUUGAAGAGAAGAAUCUGGUUCUGUGGACAUGGAUUAUAUAAAACCAUUGGAUUCAGCUCAGCUGUGACAGAUUGAAUGAUUGAUUCACGGGUCGUAUUAAGUCUGCAGUGCGGACCCAGAAUCAAAUAGCAUUUAUCCAAAUGAGCAAACUCACACAAUCAACAGCGGAUCAAACACCCAUCUCACCCGCUUCACAUAAUAUUGAUGUUUUUUUUUUAUCAUCUUAAAGACCAAAAUCAAGCAAAUUGCGAAUCACUUGAAGCGUUUCCAUGCCGGGUUUGAAACAAACAUGAAAUGUUAGUUUACUUUAAAAGAAAAAUAACAAAUUUUAUCUGUGUAGCUUUAGUUCUGACUGUACAGUUUAUAUUGGGGCCAGUUUUGCUUGUAGGUCACACAAUGUGACUGUAGUAUGUUGUCAUUUUGACGUGUUUUCCUUGACAGUGAUUCGUGUGACGGUUUCACUGCAAAUCCAGCUUCUCUCAUUAAGAAACUGCACAGACAAGCUUUUACUGAAGCUUAUUUCUGGGUAUUAAAGAGGCACAUUGAA